UACUCCCCUCGCUCUCUUCCAGCAACUGAGACCCACGCACGGUAAGUGUUUCAACUUCCAAUCUACCCCUCCACAUCACUUUUGUAUGAUGAGACACCAGCUGGCACCAGUCCUAGAAAGACUUGUACUCUUUUUGCUGCGGAAUAGCUUGGGGGACACUGUCCCUAUCUCUGAAUCCACCUCUACACACAUCCUGCAUGUCAGUUUCUGAGAUUGGCACACUUUGACUGAUCCAAUCGCUAUAGCCGCGCAUAACCACGUCUCACCUCGCACCUUUUCAAUCACACCGCCAUCAUGGUUCUCCACAACCCAAACAACUGGCACUGGGUCAACAAGGAUGUCUCGGGCUGGACCAAGGAAUAUCUGGAGAAGGACCUCGUGGGCAUCAAGGCAGAGAAGGAUGGCGCGUCGGCCGAGAUCUCAAAGCUGCUGAGCCAGGACGGUGAUGUCGAGGUCGCACAACGCAAGGGCAAGGUCAUUACCAUCUUCGAUCUGAAGUUGCAACUCGAGUACACCGGCAAGACAAAGGACGACGAAGAUGUCAGCGGAACCAUUACCAUCCCCGAGGUCGCACACGACACCGAGGAGGAUGAGUACUUCGAGAUUGAGAUGUACUCGGAAUCUUCCUCAAAGACCGCUGUCAAGGACCUCGUUCGAUCGCAAAUCACUACCCAACUCCGCGCUAGAUUCCAACAAUUGGGCCACGCGCUGAUGGAGGCUCACGGCAAAGACAUCCAGCACGCCGCUGGCCACAAACCUGCCUUCACGCCCGCCAAGGUCUACUCGAGCUCCUCCGUCAACAAAUCAAGCGACGACUCCAAAACCGCGACCUCGACCUCUGAGUCAAACGGCAAGUCUGUCAACGUGACCAGCCUCAGCGAUCAGCAAGAGUUCCGUUGCGACGCUCCCAUGCUCUACCAAAUCCUCACCGACCCUCAACGCAUCGCUGCCUUCACCCGCGCACCUCCGAAAGUCUUCGAGGGCGCCAGACCCGGCGGCAAGUUUGAGAUCUUUGGUGGAAACGUCAGUGGAGAGUACGUCGAGCUCACGGAGCCUACAAAGAUUGUUCAAAAGUGGCGUCUUGCCCAGUGGCCCCAAGGCCACUUCAGUACCUUGAACAUUGCCUUUGAGCAGAACAAUGUCGAUUCCGUUACCAUCAUGCGCGUCGACUGGACUGGUGUGCCCGUUGGCGAGGAGGAGGCUACCAAGCGCAACUGGGAAAACUACUAUGUCCGCUCGAUGAAGCAGACUUUCGGUAUUGGCUCCAUUCUGUAAAAGCGCAGAGUCAAUUAAAUUUAUGGGUACACGAAAACAUUUCAAAAACCAGGACUUACAUUGGUCCGUUCUCUCUUCGGAA